GGUUCAGAUCGUAGGUUUAAGGAUUUUAGAUUAUUUGAAACCAGCCAUGUCUAGGCAGAUCACGAGACUUCUCGGAUCUCUUCGCCGUUCCUGUGGUGGCGGGAGCUCAGAGGUGGUUCCGUCAUGCUGCUCUCUCACUUCGUUGACUCAGUCUCGCUCCUUCGGGACGACUCCUCCGCCUCCUGCGGCUGUCUUUGUCGACAAAAACACCCGUGUCAUCUGCCAAGGUAUUACCGGAAAGAACGGGACCUUCCACACUGAGCAAGCUAUUGAAUACGGAACCAAAAUGGUAGCAGGAGUGACACCAAAGAAAGGUGGAACAGAACAUUUAGGUCUCCCUGUUUUUAAUACCGUUGCCGAAGCUAAAGCCGAGACUAAAGCCAAUGCCUCUGUGAUUUACGUUCCUGCGCCUUUCGCUGCUGCUGCUAUCAUGGAAGGCAUUGCUGCUGAGUUAGAUCUUAUUGUCUGCAUUACGGAAGGGAUCCCUCAACAUGACAUGGUUCGUGUAAAGGCCGCUCUUAACAGUCAAUCAAAAACUAGGCUGAUUGGCCCUAAUUGUCCUGGGAUUAUCAAACCUGGUGAAUGCAAGAUUGGGAUCAUGCCGGGAUACAUCCACAAGCCUGGAAAGAUAGGGAUUGUUUCUCGAUCUGGAACGUUGACAUAUGAAGCUGUUUUCCAAACUACUGCAGUAGGUCUUGGGCAAUCUACGUGUGUAGGAAUUGGUGGAGAUCCUUUUAACGGCACAAAUUUUGUUGACUGCUUGGAGAAGUUCUUCGUUGACCCUCAAACAGAAGGUAUCAUUCUCAUUGGAGAAAUCGGUGGUACUGCAGAAGAAGAUGCUGCUGCUUUGAUAAAGGAAAGUGGUACAGACAAGCCUGUAGUUGCUUUCAUCGCUGGACUUACUGCACCACCUGGGCGUCGGAUGGGUCAUGCAGGAGCCAUUGUUUCUGGUGGUAAGGGCACUGCUCAAGACAAGAUAAAGAGCCUAAGAGACGCUGGAGUUAAGGUGGUUGAAUCGCCGGCUAAGAUUGGUGCGGCGAUGUUUGAGAUUUUCCAAGAAAGAGGUCUUUUGAAGUGAACUGAAUAAAAUAAUGAUAAUGCCAUGAGAUGUUUCACGAACCAUUUUUUCUAAUAACCAAAAAAAAAUAUAGUAGAGAGAAAGAGUCUUUUAUAUGCC